CAAGGAGAGAGAGAGAGAGAGAGAGAGAGCGAGAGAGAGAGAGAGAGAGAGAAAGGAAGAGAUACGAGGGUAAAACAGAUCGGGCGCGCAGCGUAGGAGACUGCUGCUUUUUGGACACGUUUUGGACACAGAAGCUGCUCAACUGCAGGACUGCACAUUAAAAAAAAAAAGAAAAAAAAGUAAAAAUAGAACUCACGUUUGCUUCACCUCGCCCGUCCUUUCAUUUUAUCGUGUUAUUGAUAUUGUUUCGAGGACUUUCUCGCGCCUUCCAGUCUGCAGGACAAGUUUGGCCGCUGAAGGAAGCACCUCGGGACUUUGACGCAGACUUCUGCUUAGACAUGGGUGCAUCUGACGCCAAACAGCGGUAGACGGAGGAACUUGGAGCUGCUGUCCUCUUUUCCUCCGAUCUCUUGCAGAGUGGACCCACUUUUCAAAGAGACUGCUUUUCCCCCCCGUUUUUUUUUUCUAUCUGGGCCUUAGGCCGACUUGUUUAAAGGUCCCCUCUUUUUUUUCUUUUUUUUCUUUGCUUCCGGCAACAACGAAGAGACCAAGUCUUCCUCCCUUAGCUCUCUCACUCCCUCACUUACUUUUUUGGAAGCUGAACUUUUAAAGGAAAAUGGGGCAUUGAGAGGGUUGGCAGAUCUCCCCACGCUAUAAUGGCUACUGACACCUACCUGGUCAACGACGAUCCUACUAGAGGCCCAGGGAUGCCUGAAUGUUUCCUCGUGUCUGAUACAUAUAGGGAUGAAUUCCACCCCUUCAUCGAGGCCCUUCUGCCCCAUGUCCGCGCCUUCGCCUACACCUGGUUCAACCUGCAGGCCCGCAAGCGCAAAUACUUCAAGAAACACGAGAAGCGUAUGUCCAAGGAGGAAGAGCGUGCAGUGAAGGAUGAAUUACUCGGGGAGAAGCCAGAGAUUAAGCAGAAGUGGGCCUCGCGCCUGCUGGCCAAGCUCCGCAAGGACAUCCGGCCUGAGUUCCGUGAGGACUUUGUGCUCACCAUCACGGGCAAAAAGCCCCCCUGCUGCGUGCUGUCCAACCCUGACCAGAAGGGCAAGAUCCGUCGCAUCGAUUGCCUGCGCCAGGCCGACAAGGUGUGGCGGUUGGACCUGGUGAUGGUCAUCCUGUUCAAGGGCAGUCCCCUAGAGAGCACGGACGGAGAACGGCUGGUCAAGUCACCACAGUGUACCAACCCUGGUCUUUGCGUCCAGCCACACCACAUCGGAGUGUCUGUCAAGGAGCUGGACCUUUACCUGGCCUACUUUGUCCACACGCCAGAAUCUGGACAAUCAGACAGCUCAAGCCAACAGGGAGACACAGAUAUUAAACCACCACCCAAUGGACACCUGAGUUUCCAGGACUGCUUCGUCACCUCAGGGGUGUGGAAUGUGGCGGAGCUUGUCAGAGUGUCACAGACUCCCGUAGCAACAGCUUCGGGGCCUAACUUCUCACUGGCUGACCUGGACAGUAGCCCCAGCUACUACAACAUUAACCAGGUGGCUCUAGGGCGGCGCUCCCUCACCUCACCUCCUUCCACCAGGUCUGAGGUGGAGUUGUACGCAAACCUUCCACGGAGCUCCACUAAGAGGAAGUCCUUAGACGACAGCGAGCUGGAGAGCCCCACAGACGAUGUUUUCUAUCCCGGCCGUUCGCCUGCUGCCAGCUCUUCCCAGUCCAGUGCGUGGCCCAGUGACAUGGAUGCAGUGCAGCACCAUUUGGCGAGUGUGCAGGAGAGGAAGAUAAAACAUGAAAACGAUGGCGUGCAGUUUCCUUACCAUGGACUGUCCUCGCCUGGUUCACUUAAGAAGCCGGGGAAGUUUGAUUUCAACGCCCUGACUUCCCAGACGAGGUCCCCCCGCAUGGCGUUCACACACCACCCGCUGCCCGUGCUGGCAGGAGUGAGACCAGGGAGUCCCCGUGCCUCAGCAUCAGCCCUGCACUUCCCCUCCCCCUCUAUCAUCCAGCAGUCCAGCCCGUACUUCACCCACCCCACUAUACGCUACCAUCACCACCAGGACCCUCUUAAGGAGUUUGUGCAGUUCGUGUGCACCGAUAGCACAGGGCAGCCCAGUGCACAGCCUAAUGGAGGUGGCCAGAGCAAAUUGCCGGGCUCCUUCCUGCUGCCCCCGCCACCCCCGGUGGCACGCCCUGUGCCCCUCCCCAUGCCCGACUCUAAAACCAUCAGCACGCCCACUGACGGCGGACUCAGCUCACCCGCAUCUCCGUCAUACUCCACGCCAGGCUCCACAGCUCCCAACCGGUUUGUCGGCAUCGGAACACGGGACAACUUUCUGAAUAUCCCCCAGCAGACUCAGUCCUGGUUCCUCUGACAAGGCCUCUCUGAAUCAACAGCUAAAGUUGUGUCAUGAAAAUUUGAAAUUUGAAAAACAAACGCAUCACAGCUGAUAAAGAACAAACUGUUGACACUAAAGGGUCUUUCUCGCCAAACACUAUUGAAAGUACUACUACAGAACCCGAAGAACCCCACAAGCCCCCCCCCCCCCCCCCCCCCCCAAGAGGAUUCCCCCUUCAGCAUCAUUCAAACAGGAAUGUUUGUCCCCUUUCAUGCAGGAGGCUUCAAUGAGAUUGAGUGGACAGACUCAGAACGCAGGGAGGAGGAAAAGGAAGUUGAGGAACUGUCUCACACACUUUGAAAUGUCAGAAAGGAAACACAACGUAGAAAUCUGACAAAUGACCAAUUAAACAUUUGUUUUUCUUUCUUUUUUAUAUAAAUAUAUAUAUUUUCCUUCAUUUUGUUGUCUCCACAAUGAAACUCCAUGCAUUGGCUGGGAGAUCCCCCCCCCCCAAAAAAAGAGAAAGUAGUGGUAAAUGAGUCGGAUGUGCAAGUUUAAAGGUUUUCAACCCAAACUGCACACAUUUAUAUCUGUGUAUUUCUCUCUGUGCACCUCUCCUCAAAGUUCACAGUCCCACCCAUUGCCCAUCACCCUCCCUACACACACUCUCACACACCACCCCACCUGGAGCUCCAUGCUGCUCAGGGUCAAGACCGCCACCACAGCUGCACACCUGCCAAUCGCAGCGCUCUGCUGCUCCGUUUGCUCGGCCUCUGAGUCUUCUUUCAUUUCUGAUUGGCCAAUUGCGGUGACACCAUGUGAUGGUGUGACGUAUAUGCACUAAGUGGCUAGUCUUUGUUUACCUGUCAAAGUAUCAGGGCGUCCUGCUGUGGGAGAAGUGAUAGCCAUGAGGCGAGUGCAAGAAAGUGAACACACGACAGACAGUAAUAACACUAACUCUACAUGUGCUCUUUCGUCCCCUCACCUAUGCACUAUUAAUUUUUAAUAAGGGACGAAUUUUGUUGCACAUCAAUGGUCAAAUGAGCGAUUAGAGAAGUGAGCAGUGGCUGGCUACCAUUGCAGAGGUGAAGCUGUGCCAAUUUUGGCGUCUGGGCCCUGAAAUAAUUAAAAAGCAGCACUUACACAGACACACAUGUUUGCAGACCACCCUUUCCAGAACAGUCUGUCACACUCACACCUCUCAUAACAUCAUCUCAUUAUUCACACAGUAUUCCACACGCAGCAUCACCAUCAUAAUAUUAGCCUUAAUUUUGUUUGUAGGCAUUUUCUUGCAAUUUUUUUCUCAUCUUUUGUUUGUUUUAGUUUUCCGGAUUUGGUUUUAACCUGUUCUUGCAUGUCAUUACAAUUUUUCUUUCAGUUUGCAGUAAUUCACGAAGCACCAUGCUCAGAUUCUAGCAGCACAGUCAUAGCAGGUUCUCAAAUCUCUCACAUAUGGACACGGUAACAGUUCAUCACAUGCACCCUUUGCAUUGCUUCACCCUGAAAAUCGAGAGGAGUACACACACAAACACACACAUAAAAUGCACACUAACACCACAGACAAACCUGACAGAAUAAUAAAGGGAAGCCUUUAUAUUUGGUUCUCCAAAAUGCCUUUGUUAAUGGUUUUUCAUUCAUUUAAGAUUUGUCUUUUUAAUUUCAAAUAUUUAUGUAAAUGUUCACAUUAAAAUUGAUGUUUUCAUCAUGACACAAUCCACCAAAAAGCUGACCUCACAAAAUAACUGGACUGCCUGGCUGUUGGUUCUGUUUUUUGCAGGGAUAGUAAACCAGGCUGAGACGCUGCUCUCAGACUCUCUAGAAACAUUAACUCUAUGUACUAAACCCAUAUAUCAAAACUAUAACAAUAUGGAAGUGCCUCUGUAAUCCCUUCAUGCAAUUAGUUAUAAACUUCAGGUUUUCUUCCCUCUUAAAAGCUACAGGGAACGUUAGCGUUGGUGCAUGUGGAAACCAUUUGCCUGGGAGAGAUCUUUAUAGAGGACUGCAACCUUUUUUUAUGUAUAGACAGAAAGAGAGAUCCUAUACAUAUAUAUUUAUGAUAUAUGCUCCUUUUUAACUUUUACUACUCAAGCUUCUUGGCAGUCUAGUUAUUUUCUGAACUCUCACCCCCAUCCACAACCCGUUUCAGUAACACCACCUUACUGUUACGAAUCAAAACGAAACACGCCAUCGCCAUCUGCAGUGCAGCGUUGUAAUACCUUAGAUGAAAAUGUCAGAAAUCGACAGUAGGUUUGAAGAAAAGUGUUUGUUUUUUGAUGGAAAGUAUUAUUAUUGAAAAAUAUGUGUCGAUUGAGCCACGUGCAAUGCAUUGGGUAGAUCAUUGUGUUUGUCUGUUAGAGAUUUUUAAGAAAGCUAAGAGAAAAGAGAAAAAAAAAAAGUUUUUGUUUCAAGUCCAUAAGCUCCGGGACUCUAAACUUAGAGGGCCAUGAAAAAUCCUAGUCUUUGUAAGUUGGGGGUAUUUGUUUUUAUUUCCUUUGUCUCUUUUUUUAAUGUUUUAUGUGUAAUCAUUUGUUUAUAAAAAUGUGGGAGGGCUGAAGGAAAAAAAAGAAUCUAUCAUCAGAUGAAAACUGGUGCUUUAACACUAUAAAGUACAUUCAGAACUAUUAUAAAUGAAUAAAAUUAACA